GAUAUAAAAGAUGAUAGUUAUGACAAUAAAUGGUUUGCCAUCGAAGCAUUUAACAACAAAGAAAAAAAAAGACAAUAUGAAGAGAUGAUAGAGAAAUUGGAAAAUAUACAUAUUACUUCAGAUAUUUCUCAUCAUUCGGUCUCUAUAC